GAAAACAGACCCAAGAAGAUGAAGAUAAUGGAAUUAUCAGGGUUCCAUUCCCUCUUUGGUUUUCUGCUAUGUGGUCUAACUCUUCUAUUGCUUGUUCAAGCUCAGGAUCAGUCAGGCUUCAUUAGUUUAGACUGUGGAACACCAGAGAGUACAAGUUACACCGAAACGACAACCAAGAUCAACUACGUUUCUGAUGCACCCUUCAUAAACAGUGGUGUAAGUGGAAGUGUAGCUUCGAUUUAUGGAGAUACCUACCAAAGGCAAAUGAGGAAACUUAGAAGCUUCCCCGAAGGAAUCAGAAAUUGUUACAAUGUAAGCGUUAAAAAGGAUACCAAAUACUUGAUUCGAGCAAAUUUCUUGUACGGAAACUACGAUGGCCUGAACUUGCUACCGCAGUUUGACCUCUAUAUUGGGAAUAGCUUAUGGGAAACGAUAAACUUCACCAAAGCUGGCAUUGACACUUUCAAAGAUCUCAUACAUGUUACCUCCUCAAAGGAAGUUCACAUCUGUCUGAUCAAUACAGGAAAUGGGGUACCAUUCAUCUCAGCCUUGGAAUUUAGACCUUUACUCAACAUUACUUAUCAAACAGUGUCAGGAUCCUUAUCACUGUAUACUCGAUUGGACAUUGGUUCCACAAACAAUCAAACAUACAGGUUCCCUUUUGAUGUUUAUGAUCGCCUCUGGUCACCAUUUAACUUCAAUGAGUGGACACAAGUGAGCACCAAUCAAACUGUAGAUGCUACUGAUCACAACAAUCACCAACCGCCCUCCGUUGUCAUGAAAACUGCUUCCACCCCAAUAAAUGCAAGCAAACCACUGGAAAUUUGGUGGGAUACCGUAGAUUCAUCUCAAUAUUAUGUAUUUAUCCACUUUGCUGAAGUUGUGGAGCUUAGGGGCAACCAGAGUAGAGGAUUCAAUAUCAUGCACAAUGGGGAUCAUUUUUAUGGACCUCUAAUUCCAAGUUAUUUAUCCACACUGACCGUUUACAGUCGAGAACAAUUGGAUGCAGCAGAUAGACAUACAUUUUCUUUAGUUCCAAUUGAGAAUGCAACACUUCCUCCAAUCAUUAAUGCUUUCGAGAUAUAUACAGUGAAGGAUAUAUCAGAGUUAGCAUCAGAUAAAGGAGAUGUGGAUGCAAUUACCAAUAUCAAGUCAACCUAUGGGGUAAAGAAGGAUUGGCAAGGAGAUCCAUGUGUGCCGAUGAGAUACCCCUGGAGUGGGUUAAAUUGUAGCAAUGAAGCUGCACCAAGAAUCACAUCCUUGAACUUGUCUACAAGUGGACUGAAUGGUGAAAUAUCUUCUUACAUAUCCAGUCUAACAAUGUUGCAAACUUUGGACUUGUCAAACAAUAAUUUGACAGGGAAGGUGCCUGAUUUCCUGUCUAGUUUGUUGCACCUCAAAAUUCUGAACCUAGGUAACAAUAACCUCUCAGGUCCAAUACCGGCUGAUCUUUUGAAAAGAUCCAAUGAUGGCUCACUAUCAUUAAGUGUGGGAGGAAACCAAAAUCUCGAUGCAUGUACAUCAGAUCCAUGUCCAAAGAAUGAAAAGAAAAACAACAUCAUCAUUCCAAUUGUAGCAUCAAUUGGCGGAGUCCUAGUUAUCGUCACAAUUGGUGCAAUAACCUUUUGGAUCAUCAAAUCUCGAAAGAAACCACAAGGUAAAAAUGUUGUCUCAGUAGUGGAUAAGUCAGAAACCAACAGUCAAUUUGGUAAUUCAUUGGAGGUGAGAAGACAACAAUUUACAUAUUCUGAGGUGGUGAAAAUGACCAACAAUUUCACAAGAGUUCUGGGUAAAGGAGGUUUUGGGGAGGUCUAUUAUGGUGUCAUUGACGACAUUCAAGUGGCAGUGAAGAUGUUGUCUUUGUCAUCAUCACAAGGGUAUCGGCAAUUUCAAGCAGAGGUUACCCUUCUUAUGAGAGUUCACCAUAGAAACUUGACAAGCCUUGUUGGAUAUUUGAAUGAAGGAAACCACCUGGGCCUCAUUUACGAGUACAUGGCCAAUGGAGAUUUAGCAGAACACCUUUCAGAGAGGAGUCCAAGUAUCCUAAGCUGGGAAGAUAGACUUCGAAUAGCAAUGGAUGCAGCUCAAGGACUGGAGUACCUGCAUUACGGUUGUAAGCCACCAAUAGUUCACAGAGAUGUGAAAACAACAAACAUCUUGUUGACAGAUAAUUUCCAAGGCAAACUUGCCGAUUUCGGUCUUUCCAAAAGCUUUCCCAUAGAUGGCAACACCCACAUGUCCACGGUUGUCGCUGGCACACCUGGUUACCUCGAUCCAGAGUACUACGUAUCAAACAGACUAACAGAGAAAAGCGAUGUAUACAGCUUUGGGAUAGCUCUAUUAGAGAUAAUCAGUUGCAAACCAGUAAUAUCAAGAACCGGAGUUACACCACAUAUAGCUAAAUGGGCUACAUCUUUGCUGGCACAAGGAGAUAUUCAGAGCAUUGUUGAUCCAAGAUUACAAGGUCAAUAUGACACUAACUCUGUUUGGAAGACGGCGGAAGUGGCAAUGGCUUGUGUAGCGGCAAAUUCCAGUAGAAGGCCAACGAUGAACGACGUUGUGGCAGAACUCAAAGAUUGCUUAGCCAUGGAAUUGAGUCGAAAGAUUGAGAAUCGUUCGCUUGUUUCAAUAAAUUCCAUCCAAUCGAGGCCCAUCUCCACUGUGGGGUUCAGUGGUACCGAUUCUGGUCCCAUGGCGAGGUGAAUAUCGAAUUCUCCAGCUUGAAAAUAUCGAUCAUUUCUCUAAGGAGAUUUGUACUGUAUUUGUUAUCAAACCAUCUUUGUAACUUUUUUUUGGCAGUCGCACAACAAAACUUGGUGAUUGUUUUCUUUUCUUCGUACUUCCUAAAACUGGUUGAUGUAUUUUGAUUUUGAAUAAGAGCUUAAUUUAUUU